GCUGGCCAGAAAGGCUGUACCAGGGGAGCGAGAAGGUGGAGCUAAGAGUGAUCAAGAGUAAUCUGAGAGAGCCUCCAGCUAACUAGGCUUCAAGUGAUACCUGUUCUGUGGAUGGAUUAACCAGAUUCUGGCUGCUGUUGUCCUGUGCUGCAAGUAGCUUUCAACACUCCCCCAAAACUCUCCUGCCCAGAUUAGGCACAUGGAGCUGACGGAGACCAACUGUGAUCCCUCAGGAGUGCACAAUUUGGCCUUCCAGAAUGACAGUGAAAGUGUGGAUACUACAAAUCUCAAAGGCCUUGGAGACAGUUCACAGAAAAUCAAGAAUUCACAAAAUAAAAGAACAGGACACACUAAUCAGGGGGAUGAAUACAUCAAUAUUGAGAGUGAUCUGCUUGAAAACAAAUGUGCCUCAGUAGAUGAUGAGCAACCACGCUUGAAAGGGCAAUUAGAAAAGAACUAUGAUAAAAUCUGUGAAUUUUACAAGAAACAUAAAAUCAGAAUUCACUAUGUGAUCUAUGGAAUUUUAAUGACAGCAUACCUGGCAAUACUUAUUGCAGCCUGCAGCUUGAAAUUUCAGAGAGCCUUGCCACUCUUUAUCAUCACUGUUGUGGUCACAUUCUUCAUCUGCUGGGAUUUUUUAAUAGCUAAGUAUGAAGACAAAAUUACUGUAUUCUUUUCCCCUGGAGAAAGAUAUCUGAAAAAACAGUGGUUUUGGCUGAAAUGGGUGUUGUGUGCAGCUCUUAUUAUAACUGUCAUCUGCUGGCUCAUCUUUGACACAAUGAAACAGGGAUCCCGCCAGCUAAUCUCCUUUGGUGGGCUUGUGAUGUAUGUUCUCCUGCUGCUUAUCUUUUCCAAAUAUCCAACCAGAGUUGCUUGGAGACCAGUACUUUCAGGAAUAGGAAUGCAGUUUAUUCUUGGGCUUCUUAUUCUGAGGACCAACGUGGGUUUUGAUGUAUUUAACUGGCUAGGCAUUCAGAUCCAGACUUUUCUGGAGUACUCUGACACAGGUGCCAAGUUUGUGUUUGGUGAAAAAUAUAAGGAUCAUUUCUUCGCUUUUAAGGUACUGCCCAUUGUGGUUUUCUUCAGCACAGUAAUGUCUAUUCUUUACCACAUUGGAUUCAUGCAGUGGCUCAUUGGAAAGGUUGGUUGGAUUAUGCACGUUUUCAUGGGGACAACGCCUGUUGAGUCUCUGGUAGCUGCAGGUAACAUAUUUGUGGGACAGACAGAGUCUCCUCUCCUAGUGCGGCCCUACUUACCAUACAUCACCAAAUCUGAACUCCAUGCAGUCAUGACAGCAGGAUUCUCAACUAUUGCUGGAAGCGUCUUAGGAGCAUAUAUUUCUUUUGGGGUUUCCUCCUCCCACCUACUGACUGCUUCUGUCAUGUCAGCACCAGCAUCAUUAGCCACCUCCAAAUUAUUCUGGCCUGAAAUUGAAAAGCCUCUGGUAACUCUGAGAAGUGGUCUACAAAUGGCAAAAGGUGACUCAAAGAAUCUGCUGGAAGCAGCCAGUCAGGGUGCCUCUACCUCCAUCACACUGGUAGCAAACAUAGCCGUGAAUCUGAUCUCCUUCCUUGCCUUGCUGACAUUUAUUGACUCAACCCUUUCUUGGCUGGGCAGCUUGUUUGACUAUCCACAGCUGAACUUUGAGGUUCGCUCUGAAAUCAUUGCCACCUAUGCUCUUUGUGGGUUUGCCAACUUCGGCUCGCUGGGACUGGUAAUAGGAGGCCUGACGAGUAUUGCUCCCUCAAAAAAGAAGGAAAUAGUUGAUGGUGCUUUCAGAGCAAUGAUUGCGGGAACUGUCGCCUGUUUCAUGACAGCCUGUGUUGCAGGAAUGCUGACUGUCUCCGAUCUGGAAGUUCCUUGCCACAUCUUAUUAGGAAAUGCCUCCAACUUCACAGAUUUCCCUGCCAAGACCAUAAAGCUAGUGGAAUGUUGCCACCGUCUCUUCACUAGUGCAGAUCAUUCGGAGAAGAUCUUUCCUGAGGGAAACUACAGUUUGAGUUCCUGGAAAGUAUGUUGCCAGAUACUGGGUCAAUCUGCUUCUAAUUGUACUUAGAUUAAGUUCCAAUUUUUUGCGAGGGAUAGAUUAUAAAUAAGAGUUGUGUUCCUUAGAAGAAAGGAAAUAAAAAAUUUCCUUUGUAAGAAUAAGUGUGAAUUUCCCCCAUGUGAUCUUUAUUUUCCAUCUCUUACCAGCCCAGUUCCUCUGACUUGCUUGGUAUUACUCAUGAAUUAAACUGGGAUAAAUGCAAGACAUGUCUUGUUGCAGAUCUCUUCUUCUUACAAAUCAGAAUAGAACAUUUCUAAGCCUGAUUCUCCUGAUUUCAUUUCUACCCUGAAACUGAUCAAUCUAUCAUAUUGAACUGCUAUAGGCAUGAAGAAAAUCAGAUUCAGAGGAUUUGGUAGCCACUUACAGAAAGCUGUGAACUAGAAAUAAUAUUCAGAACUG